AUGAACAUAUAAAGAUUAGAAACAGAGGAAUAAGAAGACAGAAAGUUUUAAAAAUAAAAAAUAAGUAAAAUCUCUCAAAACCUUUUAAAAAUCGAACAAAACAGAAUCGAACGUAGAGAAAAAAUGAACUAACUAAAACUCGAAAAAAUCGAAAGGGAGUAAUAAAACAAAGAAAGUAAUAAAAACGUAGACUUAGACUUCGAAAUAUUAAUAAAUAAAGAACAACGUUUAUGCAAUUCUUUACCACAUCAAUACAUAUAACAAACCCGUCUAUCUGUAAUAGUCAGAAAGCGUCCAAUAUUCUUAAAAGAGCAAGAAGAUGGCGAAAUAGAUGCAAUUUCAUGUUCAAAUCCAAUCAUUAGGAUUCAUGAGCCAAAAUAUAAAGUAGAUGGGAUAACAAAAUUUGUCGAAAAUCAUGAUUUUUAAUUUGAUAAUACUUUUUCUGAAUAAGAAUCUACUGAUGAUAUUUAUAAAUAUAGUCUAUAACCAAUUAUUGAUUCUAUAUUCAAAGAUGGGGUGGUGACAUGCUUUGCAUAUGGAUAAACAGGAAGCGGGAAAACCUUUACUAUGAAAGGUUUAUAAGGGCAUUAUAUAUUUGAUAUUUUUAAUUAAAAACCAAAAGAUGUAAAUGUUUUUAUUAAUUAUUUUGAAAUAUAUGGAGGAAAAUGUUUUGAUUUACUAAAUGAUAGAAAUCAACUUUAAAUUUUAGAAGAUAAAAAUAAUAAUAUUUAAAUAUAAAAUUUAAUGGAAUUUCAAGUAAAUAAUUAAUAUGAUGUUGAAUAAUUAUUUUCUUAAGCUGCUAAUAAUAGAACUACACAUUCAACAGAAGCAAAUUCGGAAUCAUCUCGUUCUCAUGCAAUAUGUUCGAUUUAAAUAAAAAACUAAUAAAACUAAAUGAAAGGAAAAUUAAUAAUGGUUGAUUUAGCUGGAAGUGAAAGAGCUUAGGAUUGUUAAGGAAAUUCUAAAUAAAGAAAAUAAGAAGGAGCUGAAAUAAACAAAAGUUUAUUAGCAUUAAAAGAAUGUAUUAGAGCUAUGGAUGGAAAUGCAACUCAUGUACCAUUUAGAGGUUCAAAAUUAACAUUAGUAUUAAGAGACUCUUUUUAAAGUAAAAGUUAAAAUUCAAAAAUUAUUAUGUUUGCAUGUAUUUUACCUGGUAGUUCUUCAGCAGAUCAUACUUUAAAUACAUUAAGGUAUUUAUAUAUAUGA